CGUCGCCGCGCCGCCGCCGCUCUCAAACGCCAGCGCCGCCUCUCGCUCGCCGAGCUCCAGCCCAAGGAGAAGGGGGGUAAGUAAGGAGGUGCCCUUACCAUGGCUCGUACAAAGCAGACUGCCCACAAAUCCACCGGUGGUAAAGCACCCAGGAAACAACUGGCUACAAAAGCCGCUCGCAAGAGUGCGCCCUCCACUGGAGGGGUGAAGAAACCUCAUCGUUACAGGCCUGGUACUGUGGCACUCCGUGAAAUCAGACGCUAUCAGAAGUCCACUGAACUUCUCAUUCGCAAGCUCCCCUUCCAGCGUCUGGUGCGAGAAAUUGCUCAGGACUUCAAAACAGAUCUGCGCUUCCAGAGUGCAGCUAUUGGUGCUUUGCAGGAGACAAGUGAGGCCUAUCUGGUUGGCCUUUUUGAAGAUACCAACCUGUGAGCUAUCCAUGCCAAACGUGUAACAAUUAUGCCAAAAGAUAUCCAGCUAGCACGCCGCAUAGGCGGAGAGCGUGCUUAAGAGUCCACUAUGAGGGGAAACAUUUCA